GUGAGAAGGUGACAGAGGGAGAGAGGAGGGAGGAGGCAAAAAGGGCAGAAAGCCAGGGGCUAAGUGAGUCUGGGGCACAGGAACGAGACUGGAUAUAAGGGAUACAAAUAUACAACCACUUUGGCAGGUUGCAUGUGACUUAAUUAAGCAGUAGAAAUAUCUUAAAAUUGUCAGUAAAUAACAAAAAGGAUAUUUUUAGCCUUAUUUACAGAAUACCCAGAGAACGAUAUUGGAACAGUGAUACCAAAUUACAGUAAGCAGUUAAAUAAGGACGUAACUGCAUUACAAAUAGUAGUAGGUACAUAAAAGAGUAACAGGUUUACAGAAACUGGACAUCAAGAGGAGCCGACAUACUCUCUUUACUUGGAUACUUGAGCCCUUCUGUUCAGACUUCCAGCCACUCACCCGUGGGCACCUUUAAACAAGGACCAUGUCAACAGCAGUUCCCUCCUCAACGAUGGACAGAUUGGGGGGCCUUGCAGGACUUGGCAAGAAGAACCCAUUUGCCGGACUACGCUGGAGGAGGUUAGAGGAGCCAUUGGGAUUCAUUAAGUUGCUGGAAUGGCUGUUUGCUAUAUUUGCCUUUGGAAGUUGUGGGUCAUACAGUGGAGAGACAGCAGCAACUGUCAUGUGCAAGUCAGAAGCAGACACAGAAAUAAAGCUAAUUUCGGUUCCCUUUGGAUACCCAUUCAGGCUGUAUCGCCAACGCUAUGAGAUGCCAGCUUGUGACGAUAUGGAAAGGCGUAUUCUCCAUCUGACAGGGGAUUUCUCUGCCCCUGCAGAGUUCUUUGUGACAAUGGGAGUCUUUGCAUUCCUAUACGCCAUGUUUGCACUGGUUAUCUAUUUACGUUUCCAUGAAGAAUACACCAAAAUCCGCAGAUUGCCAAUUGUGGAUUUGUGUGUGACUGGCGCCUUCACCUUUUUGUGGCUUGUGGCAGCUUCAGCUUGGGGAAAAGGCCUGAUGGAUGUGAAGGUGGCUACUCAACCUUCCAGCCUUGUCUCAUCAAUGCCUCUCUGCCAAAUGGAAAAAGCCACAUGCAAUGCUGGCUCUUCACCAUAUUUUGCCCUUGCUAACAUAUCUGUGCUCUUUGGCUUUCUGAAUUUCAUUAUCUGGGCUGCCAAUAUAUGGUUUGUGUUUAAAGAGACCACAUGGAGUAAGAAACCUGCCUCCAAGGAAGAAUCUGCAGAGCGUGGAGAGGUUGAAGACCACUAGUGAUACCUGACAAACAUAUUCCUGGGUUUCCAACACAUACUCUUACCCUACUGAAAUUCUAGGACUGAGUCCCAUUCACCUUCUUCUUUACCAGGCUUCAAAUAAUCAACUGUUCAAUUCUUUAUGACCUUUUAUUAUUUACCCUGACACUGCCCACAUAUAGCGAAUAUGAUUAAUGUUCCAAAAACAUACAUAAGUGCUUAUAAAAAAAGCUUAUUGUAGGGUUGGUUGCACUGUAUUUAAUACAGCCCAGCAUACAGCAUAUAUAUGUUACAAUCAGGCCUGGACUGGGAUUCAAAAUAGGCCCUGGAUUUUCAAGUAUAUAGAGGCAGAUACAGCCCCCACCAGCCCAUGACUUUCUUUGGAAUCUUACGAAAGCCCCUCUGGCAUUUUGCCAGAAUCUGCAGAUUGCCAGUCUGGGCCUGGUUACAAUAAGUAACCCAGUUUAUACCAAACCGUAAACACAAAUGAAUUAACGCAGGGUUGAAUUCUUUAUAAUGCAGUCUAUAACAGUAUUUAUUUUUAAAUAUGUGCCCUACUGUAAAGGACAGUACUGAUUCAUAUUAUGCUUUCUAUUAGAAUUGUCUCCUGUCCUUUUCAAAGAAAAUAACCUUUCUCACCUGUCCACAGUGUCUCUGGUGCUAUUUAUUAAAUAAAAACAAAUAUUCUA